UAUGGUCUCCCAUUGUCUCUUUCACCUUUACCAUCAACUUGCUUCGGUGCCCGUCUUCUUCGUCUUCUUCUUCUUCAAUUCGCAUUCUUCCAAUUCCCUAUAAAAACCACCAAAACUUUACUCUCUCCCCCAAAACUUCACUUCUGAUUUGCUAAUUCAUCCAUAUAUCUCAUCCCUUUCCUUUACAAAAGCCACCCUUUCUUUUUCCCAACUAAUUUACCAUGGAGCUCAUACCUGGUCUUCCUAAUGAUAUUGCCCGUGAAUGUUUAGUUCGUGUCCCAUACAGUAGAUUCUCCAAUAUUUCAUCAACCUGUAAAGAGUGGAAGGCUGAAAUUCAUUUGCCACAGUUUUUUUGUCACCGACAAGCUGCUGGGUGUAGUAAGCAUGUGAUGUUAAUGACCCAAGCCCGAGUCAAACCAAAUAGAAAUUCUGGCCUGAAAUGUCAGGCCAUGCCGGUUUAUCAAAUCGUGCUUUGCGAGCCGGAUAACGGGGACUGGAGUGACUUGCCACCUGUUCCGGGGCUGUCCGAUGCGUUGCCCAUGUUUUGUCAAGUUGUUGGAGUCGGGUCGAACAUUGUGGUGAUGGGUGGGUUGGAUCCAGACACUUUUGAGGUCCGAAAUGCUGUUUAUGUUUACAAUUUUAUGUCCGCCACGUGGCGUCGUGGGGCUGAUAUGCCAGGUGUAAGGAGGAUCUUUUUUGGAUGUGCGUCGGAUUUGGAUCGGAUGGUGUAUGUUGCCGGUGGACAUGAUGGUGAGAAAAAUGCGUUAAGAUCAGCUAUGGCGUAUGACGUGGCCGCUAAUAUGUGGGUUCCAUUGCCUGACAUGGGCAGAGAGCGUGAUGAGUGCAAGGGAAUUUUCCACCUCGGAAAGUUCAACGUCAUCGGCGGCUACUGUACAGAUAGACAAGGCCAAUUCGAAAGCAGUGCCGAGGAAUUCGACGUUUCCACGUGGCAAUGGAGCCCAGUGCAAGAGAACCUCUUAGGAACUGGCGCCUGUCCAAGAACCUGCGUGGUUGCAGAUGGAAAAUUAUACAUGUGUCGAGGUGGUGACGUGGCAACAAUAGAAAAUGACACGUGGAAAGCGGUUGCUGAGCUGCCAGCUGAAGUGUUCAAUACAGCUCAUAUGGCCACAUGGCAAGACAAACUGUUGGUGAUUGGUUCACCGAGCUUCGGCGAGCCCCACGCUGCUUACGUGUUAAAUUUGAAAAAUUACACGUGGACAAGAAUGGAAGUGGCAGAUGAAUACUCGGGUCAUGUUCAGUCAGGUUGCUAUCUAGAGCUGUAAAUGGGUUCAAGUGGGUUGCUUGAUUUUUCAGCAGGCUAUUUGACUCUAAUGUACAUAUGAAACACUUGGGCCUUUGUUUUUUUUUUUUUCUUUUUCCAGUGUGCCAGGUUCAUUGUAAAUGCAAUUUUGAUGCCCUGUAACAAUUUGUCAAGGCUAAUAGGAUAAGGUGAUGAAUAUGCAUGUCAUUUUCCUUUAAAUAGAACACUUUUAAAUUAAGUUUGAGAAGGAAAGUGAAAGCUGAAGAAAAAGUGAAAAGGCGUUCACAAGAUGUGGGCCUUUUUAAAAGGGCAAUCUAUAAGUUGAUCGAUGGGAGUGGCAACUGGGCAAACAAAAAUUCGGACAUAUGAUGCGACAUCAACAGUUGACAAUGUGAUUCUUGUGCUUCACAUAGAGGCCCACCGCACCGCCUACAAGAGAGGCACUCUUGUCUGAAUAGCCAGUGGCCCUGAGAAAGCCUGGAACAUGGAAUGCUGUAAUCCAGGAUUUGUUAUCUCGUUUUGCCCGUGAAAGCAUAACCAUGGGUGAGGAGCCAUGGUUUUCAAGUGGGAUGAGAUGCAGCUUAAAAUUUCCACAUUUAUGAUUUAUACGAUCUUAAUGGAUACGCAAUAUAGUGAUUACUCCCAAUGAUGUUUAAUAAUUAUUACAUUGAGGUGAGUGCCUUCUCUUGCAACAGCCAAUAAUGAGGAGAGAUCGGAUGAACAAUUAAGGCAUUAUCUUCGUAUUGGAAAGACUUAUUGAAGCAACUUGUUUCACAUUGCAUCUCAAUUAAUGCCUGCUAAAGCACCAAUAACGUGUUGCUGGGUUCCUGGAUAUUUUAGCAAUUGUAAGUCAAGAAAUGGAAGUGGGAAGAAAAUGAGAAGCCUAAUUAAAAGUUUAGCCGGUCAUUGCUGUCACUACAAUUUUUCCAACGAUAGUGGAAGCUUGAAAGCCAUAAAAGUCAAUUUUUUUGUAGAAAUAAGUUCAUAAAUGCAAUGACAGAGAUCGGUAUCAUUGAGCUGAUCUGAAACAAGAGAGAGAGGGAGUGAAACAUUUAAGUUUGAUGUAGUUUUAGUCAACAAAGGGAUGAUUAAUGGUAUGAGCAUGCAAGUCUUAUAAUAAAUACUAUGAGGGGAAAUGAUUCUUUUUUAAAAAGUAUGUAAGGAUUUUACAUUCAAAAUUUUCGCAUUAAAACAGUUUGAAAUCUUAUUCCCAAAUGAGAUUUUCUUUCUAAAUAAGGUAUUUCAAGUCACAUCAACUAUGUAAAUGACAAUGUUUAUCUACGAAAACUGUUUUUUUUUUUUUUGAGUAAAGAUUUGAAUUUAUCUUGGUAUGGAAAAACAAAACUCAUCCAACUUUGCAAAAGAAAAAAAAAGUUCCCUGUAGAAGAAUUUUCAAGGAAUCUUAUAAAAUUUAUUGAACCUGUAAUCACUGCUUAGUUUUAUUGAUCCCUUUGUGUGUGUGUGUGUGUGUUUUUUUUUUCCUGAAUUGAUAAUUCAUUGAAAGUAAAACAGCAAACUAUCAAAAAGUCAGGCGGCAGGUUGGAAAAAAAUGCAAAGGAAAAGGGCCAACCGAUAUCGAUAGACAUAGACUUGGCAGGCUUGUGGGCUAAGUCAAUAGCCCAG